GAGAAUGUGGAACGGGGUAACUGGUCUUCGAAGACUGAUUACCUGCUCUCAAUGAUUGGUAAUGCAGUGGGUUUUGGGAAUGUUUGGAGAUUUCCUUACCUGGCUUACAAAAACGGAGGAGGUGCAUUCCUUAUUCCCUAUUCUGUCAUGCUGGCCCUUGUUGGGAUACCAUUGUUUUUCUUGGAGUGUUCCUUUGGUCAGUUUGCCAGCCUUGGGCCUGUUGCAGUCUGGAGGGCUGUGCCUAUGUUACAAGGUGUGGGGAUUGCUAUGAUGCUUCUGAUUACAAUGUCCAACAUUUUGUACAACUGCAUCGUUGGCUACAGUCUAUACUACCUGUUUGCUUCCUUCCAAUCACCCCUACCAUGGGCAGACUGCUUCAGUUGGUGGGGAGCAGAUGAAACAUGCAGCAGGACCCCCAAAGAGACUCUCUGCAAUCUCACUCUGACUGAUGGAUAUUUUGAAAUCGUUAAUAUAACACAGCUGCAGGAAAACAAUGGAUCUUGUCCAAAUGGAUCAGAAAUCUCCAAUCCUCACCAGGGCCUGAGUGAGCAAUACUGGGAUAAAGCAGUUUUACGCCGUUCCAGUUCAAUGGAUGAGACUGGGGAGGUAAUCUGGUAUUUAGCCCUCUGUCUGCUUCUUGCCUGGCUAAUAGUUGGGGCAGCAUUAUCAAAAGGAAUCAAAUCUUCAGGAAAGGUGGUUUAUUUCACUGCGACAUUCCCUUACGUGGUUCUGACCAUACUCCUGAUCCGAGGGGUUACCCUGGAGGGAGCUUCUAAAGGAAUUGAAUUCUACAUCGGAAGCCAGUCAGACUUCUCCAGACUGGCUGAUGCUGAGGUCUGGAAAGAUGCUGCGACUCAAAUUUUCUUUUCUAUCUCAGUGGGUUGGGGCACUUUAGUAGCAUUGUUGUCUUACAACAAGUUCUACAAUAACUCCUACAGAGAUACCACCAUUGUCUGUGUUGUUAAUUGUGCUACGAGUGUGUUUGUUGGAUUUGUCAUCUUCUCCAUCCUGGGACACAUGGCUCACAUACAAGAUAAGCCCGUUUCAGAGGUUGCCCAGUCAGGUUUCGGUUUGGUCUUCAUUGCCUACCCAGAGGCCCUUGCACAGUUACCGUGGGCACCAUUAUGGUCUGUUUCAUUUUUCUUCAUGCUGCUCACUCUGGGAGUUGACACACAGUUUGCAGGUUUAGAAACAGUUAUGACAGCCCUGCAAGACCAGUUCCCUACAUUGGUCCAAUCAAAGCGCCUUCUUCUGACAGCUGGUGUUUGUUCGUUAUUUUAUCUGCUUGGCCUUCUAUGUGUGACACAGGCUGGGAUUUACUGGCUGAAUUUAAUGGAUCAUUAUGUUACGGACUGGAUUCUCGUUAUAACAGCUCUCCUGCAACUCAUCGGUCUCAGCUGGAUCUAUGGGACAAACAGAUUCAUCAAGGACAUUGAGAUGAUGAUUGGGGAAAGGACUUGGCUCUUCUGGCUGUGGUGGAGAAUGUGUUGGAUUCUGAUCUCUCCGUGUUUGCUGGUGGCAGUCUUAAUCUGGUCCUUGACAACAUUUGCCCCACUAAGAUAUGGAUCUGUUGAAUACCCUGUCUGGUCAGGAGCACUGGGCUGGUGUAUGACCAUCUUCUGUAUUAUGUGGAUCCCCAUCAUGGCUGUGGUGAGAGUUGUCCAAGCUGAGGGCCCCACCUUGUGGCAGAAAAUAUCUGCUGCUUGCACAUCAGCUCCUGAUUGGGGUCCCUACUUGGAACAACACAGAGGGGAAAGAUACAGGAAGAAGCCUGACUCUACAGAAGACCCAAACUGUGUGCACCUUCUGGUCAUUCCUGAGAAGUAA